GAAAGGUAAUAAAGAUAAAGCAGAUCAAAAUCAAAUAUGUGAUUUUAUGAUAUCCUUUCAUGACAGAUUACCUAAAUGAUGCAUGCUUUGACAAGGCAGUUUGGAGCUAAUAGCAAGAAAGAUCAUACAAUUGUUUCUGUAACUGCAUAAAGACAUUCCAGAAAGGCUCCGGUCAUCAUUCAGUAAAGCAUUUUUCCUUACAAAAGAUUCUAAACAUAGAGACCCGAAAUGGAUGCUAUUAUUACCAUAUUCGCAAGGAUUGGAUAUUAUCUGACAACUCCAGUCGGAAAUCGACUGAGCUAUCUCUAUGAUUAUCGUAAGAUUGUAAAGAACCUGCAAGAGCAAGUUGAGGAGUUGAAUGACGUGAGAAUGGAUGUAGAGCAGUCUAUCAAUGAAGCCAAAAGAAAUGGCAAAGUUAUCAAGGUUACUGUCAGCAAAUGGUCGGAAGCUGUUGAGAGCACCAUAGCUGAAACAGAUUCGUUAAUUCACAAAGUUAAUUUGGACAAGAGAUGUCUGAGAGGUUGCUUUCCUGACUGGAUUGCGCGUUAUCAGUUGAGCAAGGAGGCAAUCGAAAAAACAGCGAUUGUAAUGGAACUUCAAGAAUUGCAGCCCAGAGAAGAUAUAUACAUCACAUUGCCCCCCCUGAAUAUUGAAAUCCUUCCAGAGCACUUAACACCAGCUGAAAACUGGGCUGAGCUUGUCACUUUAGGAGCAAGCACAUCAACCACGAAUGAGAAAAGCAGAGCUGAAGAUGUUAUUUCAGGAGCAAGCACAUCAACUCUUAAUCAGAAAAGCAGGUCUGAAGAUGUCAAUUUUGGAGCAAGCACAUCAAUUCUGAUUGAGGUUAGCGGGGCUGGAGAUGUUACUUCGGGAGCAAGCACAUCAACUCUGAAGCAGAAAAGCAGGGCUGAAGGUGUCACUUCAAUAGCCAGCACAUCAGUUAUGAAUGAGAAAAGCAGGGCUAAAGAUGCCACUUCAGGAGCAAGUGCAUCAGUAACCAGUGUGAAAAGAAAAGCUGAAGCUGUCACUUUCGGAGCAAGUAAACCAACUGUAAAUGAGAACGUUGUCCUGCAAAAGAAAACAGUUAGUGAGAUCAUUGGUCAGCGGAGAGGAUUGGUAAAUCAGAUUAUUUCCCACCAAAGAGAAGCUGUGGAUCAGAUCUUUGAUGCAUUGCAGGAUGACAACUGUGCAAUCAUAGGAAUGUACGGGAUGGGGGGCAUGGGUAAGACGACUCUGGCAAAGGAAAUUGGUAGGAUGGCUGAAACUAGUGGCCUUUUCAAUAAGGUGAUUUUUGCUGUUGUUUCGCGAAAUAUAGAUGUGAGAAAAAUUCAAGGUCGAAUUGGGGAUAUGUUAGGUCUAUAUUUCCAGGAGGAGAGUGAAAUGGGAAGAGCUGGUCGGCUUUUUGAAAGGCUAACUACCCAGGAAAGAAUCCUGCUUAUAUUGGAUGAUGUUUGGAAUUUUGUUAAUUUCAAAGAAAUUGGAAUUCCUGUCAAUUUUGAGGGCAAGGGUUGUAAGAUUCUGAUUACUACUCGUCAAAGAAAUCUAUGCAGCAUGACAAGAUUUGAUACUGGUGAAUUUCCAAGAAACACCAGCCACCCAGUUAAUGACCGGCGAGUCAAAGGACAACCAGCCCAGUCAGAAUCACACCAAGCAGAGAGCUGCAAGUCACACCGCUACUGCGAGAAAAGUGCGAACGGUGACCAGUUUCACAACAGGAGCAAACGUUUCAUUAUAAUCAAUGCCCUCAACUUGGCGAUUGCCAAGAACGACCAAUCUGGCCUUGUACCGUUCGAUAGUACCAUUAGAAUGGUACUUGAUGCGAUAAACCCAUUUACAACCAAUGGACUUCUUGCCAGGAGCACUAUGGGGCUUAGAAAAACAAUGGAAAUUCCAUUGAGACUCUUGUCAGAUGAUGAAUCCUGGAACCUGUUUAAAACUAACGCAGGGUCAUUGGCUGAUACAUUUUCUCCCCAACAAGAUGAUGUCGCCAUGAAGGUUGCUAGAGAAUGUUGUGGGCUCCCAUUGGCACUUGUAACGGUUGGGAGAGCACUGAGAAACAAAGAUCUGGAGCUUUGGAAAGCUGCACUUCAGCAACUAAAGAAGUCCAAACCAUUGAACAUCAACUGCAAUGAAGAAAAAAACAUUUUCUCAUGCCUAAAGUUGAGCUACGAUCAGCUGCAAAGUGAGGACGCUAAAGAAUGUUUUCUAUUGUGUUGCUUGUUUCCUGAGGAUCAUGAUAUAAAAAUUGAAGACAUAGCCAGCUAUGGACUGGGAAAAGGAAUGUUUACAGAUGUAGACACAAUGGAGGAAGCAAGAAGAGAAACACGAUGGAUAAUCAGAAACCUUACUGACUGUUGCUUGCUUCUGGACAGCAGUACGGAAGAUUCUGUAAGAAUGCAUGAUAUGGUUCGUGACUUUGCCAUAUCAAUUGCAUCUACAAGGGAACAUGGUUUCGUCAUAAAAGCAGGUCUUGGCUUGAAGGAGUGGCCAAAUCAGGAGACUCUUGAACGCAAUGCAGUAAUCAUUUCUCUGAUGACUAAUCAUAUUCAGUCACUUCCUGAGCGCCUAAUUUGUCCCAAGCUCGAAAUUUUGUUGUUGGGGGAAAAUGAGGUUUUUGAGAUAAUACCAGAGGGAUUCUUUCUAGGGAUGCCAACGCUCAGGGUGCUGGAUUUAAGUGAAAAAAUUGGUGCUCGCUCUCUAAAUCACUAUUUUGAACCAGACAAAUGGACCUCAAUGCUGUCCAGUUCCUUCAAACUUCCCUCCUCGUUUGAAGCCUUGGUGAACCUUCGGACUUUGCAUUUAAAUCACUGCAAGUUGGAUGAUGUAGCAGUCCUUGGAAAAUUAAAAAGACUUGAGGUUCUAAGCUUCUAUGGAUGUGAUAUUGAAGAAUUACCAAAGGAGAUUGGAGAAUUAGUCAACCUGAGGUUGUUAGACCUCAACUUCUGCCAAAAGCUCAAGACUGUUCCGGCAACCCUGUUAUCGCGUUUGUGUCAAUUAGAAGAACUCUACAUGUGGGAGAGUUUUCAUCAGUGGGCGAUUCAAGGGAUGGUUGAAGACACAAGUAAAGCAUGUCUUUCAGAAAUAACAUCCUUGUCCCACUUGACUACUUUAUGUAUUCAAGUAUCCAAUCCUGAAUCGGUUCCCAGAAAAUUGCAUAUACCUAACGUACAAAAAUUUGAGAUAGUUAUUGGUAAAGGGUAUGAUUCAGUGACAUGUUACCCAAACUCAAGAAGCCUGUCACUCCGAGAAAUUAAGACUUCAAUACCUGAAGGAGUGAAGGACAUACUUCAGAACACAGAAGAUUUGAGACUUUUCUGCUUGUAUGAUGAAAUGAUAAGGAAUAUUUUAGAUGUUGAUCUGAGGACCUUAAACAACUUAAGAUAUCUUAAGGUCGUUGCUUGUAUGGAAACCUCGUUUUUGUUAUCCAUGAACCAAUCUGCAAGUGAUGCCCCUGCAAUCUUGGCAGCUUUGGAAAGUUUACAUCUUCAACUUAUGAACGAAUUGUUCGUUAUAUGUCCAAAAUUACUUCCAGUUGGUUCGCUGCACAAGUUAAAGUUUUUAAAACUUCAAAGUUGCAAGCGGAUGUGGGUAGCAAUCACUGCCACAUUACUCCAGAGGCUACUGAGUUUGGAAGAAGUUGAAGCAACAUGGUGCAAGCAAAUGUCGAGUGUAUUUGACCUUGGCAACAUUAGUUCUGAGAAUCAACAGUUCCUUCUGUCUAAUCUUAGAAUUAUAAGGUUACACGGUCUGGAGAGUUUGAGAACCAUAUGGAAAGGAGGGGUAAAACCACUUCCUCCUUCAGUGCGCCUUGUAAAACUAACAGUGGUUGAGCUCAGCAGCUGCGGGAGCCUAAAAGUUAUCUUUCCAUAUUCCAUUGCUCAAAAUCUACUGCAACUGGAAGUUCUUAAGAUAAACUGGUGCAACAAGUUAGAAAGAAUUGUCGAGAAGAGGCCAGAAGUAUCAGUUGAUCAAUAUCAGCUUGCUUGUUUUCCAAACCUUAGGAUUAUUGAGGUGAGUGAAUGCUCAAGACUGAGAAAGCUGUUUUCAGUUGCUGAGGCUCGAUAUCUUCAACAGCUCAAAGAAAUAAACAUUAGCAGCUCAUGA